AUGAGUAGCUCUAAUGAUAACUCCGUCUCCAAGGCCAAUGAAAGUAAUGUUUCCAAGGUCAACGAAAGCAAUGUCUCCAAGGCCAAUGAAAGUAAUGUUUCCAAGGUCAACGAAAGCAAUGUCCCCAAGGCCAACAAAAAUAUUGUUUCUAAGAUUAGUGAAAGUAGCGUUAUUAAGUUUACUCAACCCAAUGACUCAUCAUCUAAUUCAGGGACUAUAGAUUUUUCUCGAACUCAUAA